AAGGAAGCGAACAACAGCAACAGGAGUAUCGCUAACUGACCGGAGCGUAACUUUCGUCAUCAGCACACAACUCUGCCGUGGAAUAAAGAAAACCGACAACUAACGUGAGGCCACAACAACAUCGACAACAACAGCAGCAGCUUGUGUUCGCUAUUGUUGAGUCAGAAUUGCUGACUGACUGCCUGUUAGACUGACCGAGUGACUGUUUUCCGCCGGACUGGAACAAUGAUGUGCAGACGAUGACCGUGGUGUCCCUCAUUGCCAGACUUCCUCUGUGGUGACACAGAGUUUUCCAACCAGGGUCCGGACUGUCUACCUCAACAAAUGUGGUGUCCACUUCCUCUGAAUUACCUCACUGGACGUCCACUACUCCUCCUCUACCUCAGCACAUACUGUGCACUCGCAUAACUGUUAUCAGCAGGCUCAGAAAGGUCAACUGGGCCCUCACUUUAUCACUGGCUCCCAGGUAUCAGUCACCCAGAGAAAGUGUACUAGUUGGCACGGGUUAUUCCUGCUUUACAGCCAUAAUCAUUAUCUGACCCUGAGCUGGGCGGAGCUGCCAGAAGCAGCAAUGUUACGUGUUAGUUUGUGAUGUGCGAGCCCUGCGAAGGACCUGGAGAGCGAGGAGGGGAGAGACGAGGGAUGGGUGACACAGGCGACGUGGUUGGCAGUAAAGAUGAUGCACAGCACUUCGGUGAAAUGGAGACGAGCUUGAAGAACGAAAUGUUUCAAGGAGAAGAAAUGGAGGAUGAUGAGGAUGAGUCGCCACCAGAGAGACAGAUUGUGGUCGGCAUAUGCGCCAUGAUGAAGAAGUCCAAAUCCAAGCCCAUGACUCAGAUCCUGGAGCGCCUUUGUAAGUUUGACUACAUUGACAUGGUCAUCUUUCCCGAGGAGGUGAUCCUAGAGGAACCUGUGGAGAAAUGGCCCCUCUGUGACUGCCUCAUCUCCUUCCACUCCAAAGGUUUUCCUCUAGACAAAGCGGUGGACUAUGUCAAACUCAGGAAUCCACUGCUCAUCAAUGACCUCAACAUGCAGUAUUUCAUACAGGACAGGAGAGAAGUGUACCGUAUCCUAAAGGAAGAGGGCAUUGACCUACCACGUUAUGCCGUGUUGAACCGAGAUCCCGACAAUCCUGAAGAGUGUAACUUGGUAGAGGCAGAGGACCACGUUGAGGUGAACGGAGAGGUGUUCCACAAACCCUUUGUAGAGAAACCUGUGUGUGCCGAAGACCACAAUGUCUACAUCUACUACCCAACAUCUGCUGGAGGAGGCAGCCAGAGACUCUUCAGAAAGAUCGGGAGUCGCAGCAGUGUAUACUCACCAGAAACCAGUGUACGGAAGACUGGGUCCUACAUCUAUGAGGAGUUCAUGCCCACAGAUGGCACUGAUGUGAAGGUUUACACAGUGGGUCCAGACUACGCCCAUGCUGAGGCGCGAAAGUCCCCUGCCUUGGACGGAAAGGUAGAGAGGGACAGUGAGGGCAAGGAGAUCCGCUACCCCGUCAUGCUUACUGCCAUGGAGAAACUAGUGGCCCGCAAGGUCUGCCUGGCCUUUAAGCAAACCGUUUGUGGGUUUGAUUUGCUCAGAGCCAAUGGCCACUCCUUCGUCUGUGAUGUUAAUGGUUUCAGCUUUGUCAAAAACUCCAUGAAGUACUAUGACGACUGUGCCAAAGUGUUGGGGAACAUGGUAAUGAGGGAGUUAGCCCCCCAUUUCCACAUCCCCUGGUCCAUCCCCAUGGAGGCUGAAGACAUUCCCAUAGUCCCAACCACCUCAGGAACCAUGAUGGAGCUUCGCUGUGUUAUUGCUAUUAUCCGCCAUGGAGAUCGUACACCAAAACAGAAGAUGAAAAUGGAGGUCCGGCAUCCUCUAUUCUUUGAGUUGUUUGAGAAGCAUGGAGGCAACAAGUCAGGGAAGCUGAAGCUAAAAAAGCCAAAACAGCUGCAGGAAGUACUAGAUAUUGCCCGACUUCUGCUGGUUGAACUGGGCCAGCACACUGACUGUGAGAUUGAGGAGAAGAAAUCUAAACUGGAGCAACUGAAGACUGUUUUGGAGAUGUAUGGUCAUUUCUCGGGUAUUAAUAGGAAAGUGCAGCUGACAUACCUGCGCAGUGGUCAGCCCAAAGCAUCCAGUGAAGAAGAAGACUCUAAGAAGGAUGGUCCUUCGCUGCUGCUGGUGUUGAAGUGGGGUGGGGAGCUGACGCCUGCAGGCCGAGUUCAGGCUGAGGAGCUGGGCAGGGCGUUUCGCUGCAUGUACCCUGGAGGCCAAGGUGACUAUGCUGGGUUUCCUGGGUGUGGCCUUCUGCGCCUGCACAGCACGUACCGUCAUGACUUGAAGAUCUACGCCUCUGAUGAAGGCAGAGUGCAGAUGACAGCUGCUGCCUUUGCCAAGGGUUUGCUGGCACUUGAAGGAGAGUUGACACCGAUCCUGGUUCAGAUGGUCAAGAGUGCCAACAUGAAUGGACUGCUCGACAGUGACAGUGACUCUCUGACAGACUGCCAGCAGAAGGUGAAAGCCAGUCUACAUGAAAUCAUGCAGAAGGAUCAGGACUUUACACCUGAGAACUAUGACAAGUUGGCUCCAACAGGUAGUCCAUCACUGGUGAACUCCAUGAAGGUCAUAGAGAAUCCAGUCAAGACCUGUGACAAGGUGUACGCCCUCAUCCAGAGUCUCACCUCCCAAAUACGAAAGAGAUUGGAAGACCCCAAGAGUGCAGACCUGCAGCUUUACCACAGCGAGACGUUGGAGCUAAUGUUGCAGCGCUGGUCUAAAUUAGAGCGAGAUUUCCGUAUGAAGAAUGGGCGCUAUGACAUCAGCAAAAUCCCGGACAUCUAUGACUGCAUCAAAUACGACACACAGCACAACUCAUCGCUUGCACUGGAGGACACGCUGGAACUAUUCAGGCUCUCCCGCGCCCUCGCUGACAUAGUUAUACCACAGGAGUAUGGCAUCAGCAAAGCUGAGAAACUGGACAUUUCUCAGGCUUAUUGUGUUCCUCUGCUGAAGAAAAUCCAGCUAGACCUACAGAGGACCCAUGAGGACGAGGCUGUUAACAAGCUGCACCCUCUGUAUUCCCGUGGUGUGAUGUCUCCUGGUCGUCACGUACGCACACGUCUCUACUUCACCAGUGAGAGUCACGUUCACUCCUUGCUCAGCAUCUUCCGCUACGGAGGACUGCUGGAUGAGGAAAAGGACCAGCAGUGGAAACAGGCAAUGGACUACCUAAGUGCUGUGACAGAACUCAACUAUAUGACACAGAUAGUCAUCAUGCUAUAUGAAGACAACGAUAAGGAUCCCUCCUCAGAAGAGCGUUUCCAUGUUGAGCUUCACUUCAGUCCAGGAGUCAAAGGAUGUGAUGAUGAGGAAAAUGUGCCACUUGGCUUUGGCUUUCGCCCAGCCUCAUCUGAGAAUCAAGACAAAAAGCCAAAUCAGGGCAGUCUGGAGGAUCUCUCCCAGGACCAGCCUGACCAGGCUCUUCACAUUUCAGACCCAAUCAACAUCCAGCGAAGGUCUCCUAUGAUUCGCAACCGCAAGACGGGUUCCAUGGAGGUCCUCUCUGAGACUUCUCCCACCCAGUCCACCAAAGGCUCCAUGUCCCAUCGACUGUUCCCCUCCUGUUCACGGCAGUCUCCUGAGAUCAAACCAACCAUUGGCUUAGGCUCGCUCUGCUCUGGCCUCUUCAGUGCCUCCGUCCUUGGGGUGUCCUGUAGCGCCCCCAACCUGCGAGACUACGUCCGCACGCACCACCACCACCGAAAACCACCUCUGUCCCCUGGCAGUCUGCCAUGUCAGACUGGCAUGUUUGAGCUGUUCUCUAUGCCGGCAGUAAAGAGAUUUUCUGUGUCGUUUGCCAGGCAUCCAACUAAUGGUUUUGAAGGCUGCUCCAUGGUGCCCUCUAUCUACCCACUGGAGACACUGCACAACUUGCUCUCAUUGAAGCAAGUGGAAGAGUUUCUCAGCCGUGUGUGUGAGAGCAGCAGUGAUGCCCAUGCCAAGACCAUGAAAGCACUUUCCAGCUUGUUUAACUCUCAGAGCCAGACGUCUCUCUACUGCCUGCAGCAGCCUCUAUCCUCUUCUGGGUCAGAGACGUCUCUUCGUCCACCAAGUCAGCCUCUGUGGCAUGGCAGCAUCCCCUCUAGUGCUGUGUCCAGUGCGGGCCCCUCUUCUCCGGUCACAGAUAGCUCCGGCAUGAACUUCAGCUUCAGUGAGUAGGAGAUGGAGGAAAACACAAGCACCUCCCUGAGUAUCUGGUUCUCUACGUGCACCAUAAUUUCCUCUGUCCGAGAAGCUCAUGAGAAAAAGACACUGGAGGGAAUUGAUACUUUCUGGAGUGGGACCACAUUGCCUUAGGUAAUACAAAGAGCCAGACUGUAAAUACAACCACUUUAUCAGGGAACAUGGACUCACCUGAUGCGCCCUGACAACACAACACCUUCCCCGCUCUGUACUGUGAGGCAACACUGAACCUUCCCCAAGUUUAAAACCACUCAUCACCUCCGUGUUCCUCUUCAGUGUUUCUCCACAUUCAUAAACCUGCUCUGACAACAUGAACUGAACAUCAAGCUAACAGUCACCACAGCUGUGCCUUUAAUUUAGUCCGGAUGCUGCCCACAUUAAAAACCAAAAUCUGUUUUAUAGAACCGAUCAAACCCCAGCUGCCUUAUUUCAUACUAUACCUGCUGACAUUCGAGGGCCGAGCUGUCACCUGUCGUAUGUUACAAUUAGGAAAUCCACAAAGUGACCGGGUACUAUUUUCUUCACUCUGUUGCCUUACAACAGUACAUGCAGCCAGUCAUAGCAGGGCGAGAGAAAGAAACAGGCUGUUGAAGCGAAAGGCCAUUUCAGCUUCAAAUGUCAAAGCCAAAGUGUAAAAAAUCCUCUGAAAAAUACAUUUAAGUUGGAAAAGUACAUUAAUACCACUCAUAUAUCUGAAAAUAUGAUGCCAUGUAGCCAGAUACUAGGACGCUUGGGUAAGCACAAUGGAAAUGAGGGAAAAUGUGCAGUCACCUCACUGAUGCAUCACAUUUUUAAAAUUUGGACAAGAAUCAAAAUGUAAAACUGAGCGCUCAUAUUUCAGACACUUUCAGAUUCUGAAAUUUUAAUUUAUGCAGGACAGUUUUUGUCAACCUUAAAGAAACCGGAUCGAAUGUAUUUAUAUCCCAUUUGCUAGAUCUGUCUUUAAACCGUUAACUCUUCUUUCCACGUUGAUAUGAUUUCACGUCGCUCGUGUGGUUUACGAAGAAGAUUCUGUUUGAUUGAAAACCCCAAGGACCUUAUUCUCCGAUUGUUUUGAAAUUGUCUCAAAUGUAACUAACCAAAGGAGACGGUGCUGCGCCAAAGUAGAGAUUAUAAUAUAACAAACAUCCUCCCUCAGGAAUCUGACACAUGCAUGAUUUUACAGGUUGUUAAUUUCAAAGGUCUGAUUAAUCUCAAGUGUGUAUUUAACUGUGCUUUUUAAACAACUUGUGAGAGAAAUCUUUAAGCCAGAGUUGUGUUCUACACACUGUAGGUUUCCUGCUGUAUUCGUAUAACUUAUUUUUUAAUUUUUUUGUGGGAGUGUUUACAAAUCAAAUCAGAAUUCAAGAAAGUAUAGAUUUAUUCCAGAGUUAGAGGGAGAAACCACUUCUUUAGGGUAAGAGCAUACAUUUGCUGCCUGAAUACUGCAGAUUUCUUGAUUUCUUUCACUCUAUGCUGAAUUCUCUCACUGUUUUGUCAACAUGCAGUCCAUGCCAAAUCACCUGUAUUUUUCAAUGUUUAAUCAGAUGACACGUUGAAGCCAAAGUACAAGUCUAAAAAUGCAAAUCUAAAUUUUUUACCACUGUGUCUGAACGUAGCUUCAAAUCAAAUCUGUUGAUUUAAAUGUGUUAACAUUCUAGAUUUCUAGUAUUUUACUACUUUGACCAAAAACUUGACGAGUUAAAGCUCCAUCAUAAAGCAACAACUUGCAGUUUUUUGUUUGUUUUUUUUAACGGUGAGUUUUAGUUUCACUCUGUGUUGUUUGUAAAUAAAAUGAUUCCCUGCUUAUUUUCAAUCAAGUUAACCUGAAAAUGAACAGACUCCCCAAAACAUACCUGCUGAAGAACAAGCAUAUCUGUAUAUUUUAGACGUUAUUGAAUUUUGGAGCAUUAUAGGAUUUAUUCAUGUUAUGUACAUGGGGUUGAUGUAGUUAAUUUUACUUGUGUAUUUAUGUGCUUAUUUAAUGUGAUAUUUAAAGCCAGCCAAAGAGGAAUGUGUGUGUUCUGUGAUGAGUUUAGCUGCUGGAGAACAAAGUCGACAUUUGUUCGUGUUUUUUCGAUUACUUGAGGUUCACGUGGUGAUGUGAUGUCCGGGGCGGGGUUAACUGUGAAAACUGUUCAAUGUGUUAUAAAGAACAACUCUGUGUG